AUGCUUCUUCCCCCCCCAUUCGCAGCAAUGCGUCCAUCCACACUCCUUCCUUUCGUUCUUUGCGCACUUGCGUCUCCAUCUUUUGCCGCCAUUUACACCAAACCAUGGCAGCUUCCUAGGAUAACUUAUGACUACAUUAUUGUUGGAGCCGGGAAUGCUGGCAACGUCUUAGCCCAUGCUCUGAGCGCAAACUCCAACACGCAAGUUCUCGUUUUGGAGGCUGGUGUUAGUGAUGAGAACGUCCUCCCUGCCAUCGCUCCUUUCCUUGGUCCAUCCCUAACGCCCAAUACUCCGUAUGACUGGAAUUAUACGGUCGCUGCGCAGGAAGGUCUCGACAACCGCGUAUUCCCCUACCCUCGAGGAAGGAUUUUGGGUGGUUGCACGACUGCAAACUAUAUGGUUCAUCACUAUGGUUCUAGUGAAGACUAUGACAAGCUCGCUGCCAUCACAGGCGACAGUAGUUUGAACUGGAGCAACAUGAAGAAAUACAUCCAGCUUCACGAGAAGAUUGUUCCUCCCACCGAUGGCCACGAUACUACCGGCCAAUACGAUCCUUCGCUGCACAGCACUAGCGGCCAGGUGUCGGUCAGUCUGCCUGGCAACUCCCAGACUAUCGACGCCAAGGUUAUCGCCACCACUGAGGAAUAUUCCGAGGAGUUCCCUUUCAACCAGGAUAUUACCAAUGGCAAUGUUUUGGGUAUCAGUUGGGUCCAAGCCUCCAUCGGCAAUGGUGUUCGCAGCAGCUCUUCCACCUCCUACCUUCGCAGUGCCAACUCUCGCCCUAAUCUCCAUGUUCUCAUCAACGCCACCGUCCAAAAGGUUUUGCAAACCGGGUUCAAGAACGGCAAGCCUUUGUUCGGCGGUGUCUUGUUCCAGAGCUCGCGCAAUCAAUUUUUCCCCGGCUUCGUUUUGGCCACAAAGGAAGUCAUCCUUUCUGCUGGAUCUAUCAACACUCCCCAGAUUCUGCUGCUCUCCGGAAUUGGUCCCCGUGCUGAACUCUCUGCUCUCCGUAUCCCCACUAUCAUCAACAACCCCUCCGUCGGCAAGAAUCUUUCGGACCACGUCCUGCUCCCCACCAUUUUCAACGUCAACGGCCAGGAAUCUCUCGACAACGUUCUCAGGGGUGGUGCUCCUUUGGACGCUGCGCUGAACCAAUGGACAACGAGCAAGACUGGUGUGAUCGCCAACACUGUCACCAACAACCUCGGCUUCCUUCGUAUCCCCAACAACGCCACGAUCUUCUCGACUGUCGCUGACCCUGCUACUGGUCCCACUGCCUCUCAUUUCGAGUUGAUCUUCUGCAACUUCUGGCUGAACCCCGGUGUCGCUAUGCCCGCAACUGGCAGCUUCCUUACCAUCAUCGCCGCCCUUAUUUCGCCGUCUUCCCGUGGAUUCGUCAAGCUUGCCUCUGACGACCCCUGGGACAAACCCAUCAUCGACCCCAAGAUGGUCACAACGGCCUUCGACAAGUUCGCCCUCCGCGAGGCCGUCCGCUCCGCGAAGCGCUUCGUCACUGCUUCUGCUUGGGACGACUACGUCAUUGGGCCUUACGGUACUACUGCUGGUGAGACUGAUGCUGAGCUCGACACCCAUGUUCGCCAAUUCUCGACCACGGUCUUCCAUCCCGUCGGAACUGCUUCCAUGUCGGCUCCUAACUCUGGUUGGGGUGUCGUCGACCCCAACUUCAAGGUUAAGGGCGCUGAGGGUCUGCGUGUUGUUGAUGCCUCUGUCUGGCCUCACCUCCCCAACGCUCAUACUCAAGGCCCUACCUACCUCAUCGCUCAACGAGCUGCCGCCGUCAUCAAGGCUGGCCUCUAG